GUCUAUGAAACUAACGUCAUUUGACAGCUGGCAGGUAUAUCCGGCUCACGAAGUCGAAAAAGUGUCCUUUUUAACGCGUACGCCAUUGCUGGCGUAUGGUGUUGUAAUUUAUUGAAAGAAAAAUCAUAAACCAUCCAAUAUGGUGAAUUUUACUGUAGACGAGAUCCGUGGGAUGAUGGACAAGAAGCGGAACAUCCGCAACAUGUCCGUGAUCGCUCACGUCGACCACGGCAAGUCCACUCUGACGGACUCGCUGGUCUCCAAAGCCGGUAUCAUCGCCAACGCGAGGGCCGGCGAGACUCGGUUCACAGACACCCGUAAGGACGAACAGGACAGAUGUAUUACCAUCAAAUCCACUGCCAUUUCUAUGUACUUUGAACUGGAAGAGAAAGACUUGGUGUUCAUUACAAACCCAGACCAGCGUGAGAAAAGUGAAAAGGGUUUCUUGAUCAACCUUAUUGACUCACCUGGGCACGUUGACUUCUCCUCCGAGGUGACGGCAGCUCUCCGUGUCACUGAUGGAGCUCUUGUGGUGGUGGAUUGUGUUUCGGGUGUGUGUGUGCAAACUGAGACUGUGCUGCGUCAAGCCAUUGCUGAGCGCAUCAAGCCAAUCCUGUUCAUGAACAAGAUGGACCGUGCCUUACUUGAGUUGCAACUGGAGUCUGAGGAGUUGUACCAGACCUUCCAGCGUAUUGUAGAGAAUGUCAACGUCAUCAUUGCCACUUACUCUGAUGACAGUGGUCCCAUGGGUGAGGUACGCGUGGACCCCAGCAAGGGUUCCGUAGGCUUCGGCUCCGGGCUCCACGGGUGGGCGUUCACCCUCAAGCAGUUCGCAGAGAUGUACGCCGACAAGUUCAAGAUCGAUCUUGUCAAGCUCAUGAACAGGCUGUGGGGUGAGAACUUCUUCAAUGGCAAAACCAAGAAGUGGGCAAAGCAGAAGGACAAUGAAAACAAGCGCUCAUUCUGCAUGUACGUGUUGGACCCCAUCUACAAGGUGUUCGAUGCGAUCAUGAACUUCCGCAAGGAGGAGAUCAGCGCCCUGCUGACGAAGAUCGGAGUCACCAUCAAGCACGAGGAUGCGGACAAGGAUGGAAAGGCACUACUUAAAGUAGUGAUGCGAUCCUGGUUGCCCGCCGGCGAGGCUCUGCUGCAGAUGAUUGCCAUCCACCUGCCGUCCCCCGUGGUGGCGCAGAAGUACCGUAUGGAGAUGCUGUACGAAGGACCCCACGACGAUGAAGCCGCUAUUGGCAUCAAGACCUGUGACCCAGAAGCACCCUUGAUGAUGUACGUGAGCAAGAUGGUACCGACCUCCGACAAGGGUCGUUUCUACGCUUUCGGACGAGUGUUCUCCGGCAAGGUGAUCACUGGACAGAAGGCUCGCAUCAUGGGCCCCAACUACCAGCCCGGCAAGAAAGAGGAUAUGUAUGAGAAAACCAUCCAGCGUACAAUCCUGAUGAUGGGUCGUUACGUAGAAGCUAUUGAAGACGUGCCGUCCGGUAACAUCUGCGGGCUGGUCGGCGUCGACCAGUUCCUCGUCAAGACCGGCACCAUCACCACUUUCAAGAACGCGCACAACAUGAAGGUGAUGAAGUUCAGUGUUUCGCCCGUCGUGCGUGUGGCCGUUGAGCCCAAGAACCCCGCCGACCUGCCCAAGCUGGUGGAGGGUCUCAAGCGCCUCGCAAAGUCCGACCCUAUGGUGCAGUGCAUCAACGAGGAGUCUGGAGAACACAUCGUCGCCGGCGCCGGAGAGUUGCAUCUUGAGAUUUGUCUCAAGGAUUUGGAAGAGGACCACGCGUGUAUUCCCAUUAAGAAAUCUGACCCUGUGGUGUCAUACCGUGAGACAGUGAACGAGAUGUCCAACCAGAUGUGUCUCUCGAAAUCACCCAACAAGCACAACCGUCUGUUCAUGAAGGCCACGCCCAUGCCUGACGGACUCCCAGAAGACAUCGACGAUGGUAAAGUUAACCCGCGUGACGACUUCAAAACACGUGCCCGUUACUUGGGAGAGAAAUACGAGUAUGACGUGACCGAAGCGCGUAAGAUCUGGUGCUUCGGUCCCGAGGGCACCGGCCCCAACAUCCUGGUGGACUGCUCCAAGGGAGUGCAGUACCUCAACGAGAUCAAGGACUCUGUGGUAGCAGGCUUCCAGUGGGCGGCCAAGGAGGGUGUCAUGGCUGAGGAGAACUUGAGAGGCGUGCGGUUUAACAUCUAUGAUGUUACGCUGCAUACAGACGCUAUCCACAGAGGUGGCGGUCAAAUCAUUCCAACAACUAGAAGAUGUUUAUACGCGUGUCUGCUGACGGCCGGGCCCAGACUCAUGGAGCCUGUGUAUCUCUGUGAAAUUCAGUGUCCCGAGGUAGCAGUGGGAGGUAUCUACGGCGUGUUGAACAGACGGCGUGGCCACGUGUUCGAAGAGUCCCAGGUGGCGGGUACCCCCAUGUUCGUCGUUAAGGCGUAUUUGCCUGUCAACGAGUCGUUCGGCUUCACGGCCGACUUGCGCUCCAACACCGGAGGCCAAGCCUUCCCUCAGUGCGUGUUUGACCACUGGCAGAUCCUGCCUGGCGACCCCUGCGAGCCUGGCACCAAGCCCUACGGCGUAGUUAUGGACACGAGAAAACGGAAAGGAUUAAAGGAAGGUCUUCCAGAUCUAACUCAAUACUUAGACAAGUUGUAAACGCCGUAGCUAAUGCAAUCAAUACUGUAAUAUAUGUAACUUUACGAGCGCGCCUCACGCAUUAUUUGUCAUCAUUUUGGUUCAAAGACACCAUUUAUUUUUGCCUCAGUUUUUGUGAGCGAGAGAGAUCUUUCAAUAAAAUAUUCAAAUAUUGAUCUACAAGAUGUAUUGUUAAUAACCACAUGUGAUACUCGGCUGUAUCAGAGCAAAUAUAUUAAGAUCCCUUUUUACGCCUUAUUUGUUAUCAUUGAGUGUAGUGGGAACCUGGACACAUUUAAUUAUACUGUAAUUAAUUUUUAAAUUAUAAUUUUUCUAUUUUA